GAGCGGCGCCCUGCGGAGCGCGUCGCGGCGCUCGCUCCUCCCGGCGCGGCCUUUCUCUCUUCAUUCCUCCCCCUUUUUUUUCUCUCCUCUCUCUGCCGGCGCGGGAGAGGGGCCUCCUCCUCAUCCUCGGCGCCUCGGGAUGGCGGCGGCCGCGCUCUUCGCUCGCCUUUUCACCGCCGGUCGCUGAGGGGCCCAGAAAACGCCAACAAGAAGGAUAACUUGAAACAGUUGACCCCCUCACUUUCAAUUUCUUGACUGUACUACAAGCAACCAGAAUGUCGGGGGCUUCAGUAAAGGUGGCUGUUCGGGUCCGGCCCUUUAAUUCCCGAGAAACCAGCAAAGAAUCCAAAUGUAUCAUCCAGAUGCAAGGCAAUUCAACCAGUAUUAUCAACCCAAAGAAUCCUAAGGAAGCACCAAAGUCCUUCAGCUUUGACUACUCUUAUUGGUCCCACACAUCGCCUGAAGAUCCCUGCUUUGCGUCUCAGAGCCGUGUGUACAAUGAUAUUGGGAAGGAGAUGUUGCUGCAUGCCUUUGAGGGCUACAAUGUGUGCAUUUUUGCCUAUGGACAAACUGGAGCUGGGAAAUCCUACACAAUGAUGGGCAAGCAGGAGGAGAGCCAAGCAGGCAUAAUUCCCCAGCUGUGUGAGGAACUGUUUGAGAAAAUCAAUGACAACAGCAAUGAAGAAAUGUCAUAUUCUGUAGAGGUGAGUUACAUGGAGAUUUACUGUGAGAGAGUCAGAGACUUGUUGAACCCGAAGAACAAAGGGAAUUUGCGAGUGCGAGAACAUCCUCUGCUUGGACCGUAUGUGGAAGAUCUAUCUAAAUUAGCAGUCACGUCUUACACCGAUAUUGCAGACCUCAUGGAUGCUGGGAACAAAGCCAGGACUGUGGCAGCUACCAACAUGAAUGAAACCAGCAGCCGCUCUCAUGCUGUGUUUACAAUUGUCUUUACUCAGAAGAAACAUGACACAGAAACUGAUCUUUCCACAGAGAAGGUCAGCAAGAUUAGCCUUGUGGAUCUGGCUGGGAGUGAGCGAGCAGAUUCAACUGGUGCCAAAGGAACACGGUUAAAGGAAGGAGCAAAUAUCAACAAGUCUCUCACGACUCUGGGCAAAGUUAUUUCUGCAUUGGCUGAAGUGGAUAACUGCACCAACAAGACUAAAAAAAAGAAGAAGACAGACUUUAUACCCUACAGGGAUUCUGUACUAACGUGGCUUCUUCGAGAAAAUCUAGGUGGUAACUCCAGAACUGCCAUGGUUGCUGCUUUGAGUCCAGCAGAUAUAAACUACGAUGAAACUUUGAGCACUUUAAGAUAUGCUGAUCGUGCAAAACAGAUUAAAUGCAAUGCUGUUAUCAACGAAGAUCCCAAUGCCAAGUUGGUGCGUGAGCUGAAGGAGGAGGUGACAAGGCUGAAGGAUCUCCUGCGUGCCCAAGGGCUGGGAGAUAUUAUUGACAUUGAUCCAAUGGGAGAUGAAUACUCUGGAAGUGGAGGCAAAUAUUUGAAAGAUUUUCAGAACAAUAAACAUAGAUACUUGCUAGCCUCCGAGAAUCAACGUCCUGGCAAUUUUUCCACAGCCUCCAUGGGGUCCCUCACUGCAUCUCCAUCCUCCUGCUCUCUCAGUAGUCAGGUGGGCAUAACAUCUGUGUCCAGCAUACAGGAAAGGAUCAUGUCAACACCUGGAGGAGAAGAGGCGAUUGAACGUUUGAAGGAAUCUGAGAAGAUCAUUGCAGAGCUGAAUGAAACGUGGGAAGAGAAGCUGAGGAAAACUGAGGCCAUCAGGAUGGAAAGGGAGGCAUUGCUGGCAGAAAUGGGAGUUGCCAUUCGGGAAGAUGGAGGAACACUGGGAGUCUUCUCACCUAAAAAGACUCCUCAUCUUGUAAAUCUUAAUGAAGAUCCAUUGAUGUCUGAAUGUCUGCUUUACUACAUCAAAGAUGGCAUUACUAGGGUUGGCCAAGCUGAUGCUGAGCGAAGGCAAGACAUUGUAUUGAGUGGGGCUCACAUCAAAGAAGAACACUGUAUCUUUCGAAGUGAGAGGAACAACAAUGGUGAAGUUAUUGUUACUCUGGAGCCUUGUGAGCGAUCAGAAACUUAUGUCAAUGGCAAGAGGGUUGUACAGCCUGUGCAGCUGCGCUCAGGAAAUCGUAUCAUCAUGGGUAAAAAUCACGUCUUCAGGUUCAACCACCCUGAGCAAGCACGAGCAGAAAGAGAGAAAACACCAUCGGCUGAGACUCCCUCUGAGCCAGUUGACUGGACCUUUGCUCAGAGGGAGCUUCUGGAGAAGCAGGGCAUCGACAUGAAGCAGGAGAUGGAGAAAAGGUUACAAGAAAUGGAGAUUUUGUACAAGAAGGAAAAGGAGGAAGCUGAUCUCUUGUUGGAGCAGCAAAGGCUGGACUAUGAGAGUAAGCUGCAGGCCUUACAGAAGCAGGUGGAGACGCGGUCCUUGGCAGCCGAAACAACGGAGGAGGAAGAGGAAGAAGAGGAAGAAGUGCCCUGGACACGACAUGAGUACGAACUCGCGCAGUGGGCUUUCAGGAAGUGGAAAUUUCACCAAUUUACUUCACUGAGGGACCAGCUCUGGGGAAAUGCAGUGUAUCUGAAAGAAGCCAAUGCCAUCAGUGUGGAGUUGAAGAAAAAGGUGCAGUUUCAGUUUGUCCUGUUGACAGACACCCUCUACUCACCGCUGCCACCAGAGCUUUUGCCCACUGAGUUGGAGAAGACUCGGGACAAUAGGCCUUUUCCCCGUACAGUGGUAGCUGUGGAAGUCCAGGAUCUGAAGAAUGGAGCAACACAUUACUGGUCCUUAGAAAAACUCAAGCAGAGAUUGGACCUGAUGCGCGAGAUGUAUGACAGAGCUGGGGAAAUGGCAUCUAACACCCAGGACGAGAGUGAAAGCGCAAUGACAGGCAGUGACCCCUUUUAUGAUCGAUUCCAUUGGUUCAAGCUGGUUGGGAGCUCCCCCAUAUUCCAUGGCUGCGUGAAUGAGCGUCUCGCUGAUCGCACGCCCUCCCCCACUUUCUCCACGGCUGACUCCGACAUCACUGAACUGGCUGAUGAACAGCAGGAUGAGAUGGAGGACUUUGAUGAUGAGGCCUUUGUGGAUGAUACUGGCUCCGACGUUGGAACUGAGGAGGGAUCAGACCUCUUCAAUGAUGGGCGCGACCCGUUUUACGACCGAUCCCCUUGGUUCAUUUUAGUGGGAAGAGCAUUUGUGUACCUGAGCAACCUGCUGUACCCGGUGCCUCUCAUUCACAGAGUAGCUGUUGUUAGUGAGAAGGGAGAAGUACGAGGAUUUCUGCGAGUGGCAGUGCAAGCUAUAGCAGGUGAUGAAGAAGCCCCAGAUUAUGGAUCUGGUAUUCGACAGUCUGGCACAGCUAAAAUUUCAUUUGACAAUGAGUAUUUUGAUAAGAGUAAUUUUUCUUCAGUUGCAAUGACUCGCUCUGGGCUGUCACUGGAAGAAUUAAGAAUUGUGGAAGGGCAAGGACAGAAUUCAGAGGUUACUACUCCUCCAGAGGAGAUCAACAGAAUGAAUGAGCUAGACUUGAAGUCAGCCACUCUGGAUGGAAAAAUGACUAUAGAAGGCUUCACUGAGGAAAUUGGUGAUCACUUGAAACUGGGCAGUGUGUUUACCUUCCGCGUCACAGUUCUGCAGGCCAGCGGAAUCCUUCCUGAAUACGCAGAUAUUUUCUGCCAGUUCAACUUUUUACAUCGGCAUGAUGAAGCUUUCUCAACAGAACCUCUAAAAAACAAUGGUCGAGGGACUCCCCUUGGGUUUUAUCAUGUUCAGAAUAUUGCUGUGGAAGUGACGGAAUCAUUUGUGGAGUACAUCAAAACAAAGCCUAUCGUGUUUGAAGUCUUUGGACAUUAUCAGCAGCAUCCUCUCCAUCUGCAAGGACAGGAUCUCAACAGCCCUCCACAGCCUUCCCGAAGAUUCUUUCCUCCUCCCAUGCCACUCUCAAAGCCAGACCAUGAAAGGAAAAUUGAGUUGAUUAGGUAUCUUAUGUCUGGCUAUGUAAACGUGCAUGUGCUGAACACACUAUCCGAGCAUGCCAACGUGCUUGCAUCCUCUGCUGUGGCUGCUUUCCAGGAUGGAGCUGACCAGCUGCCACCUUUUCUCUUUCUGCCUAUUCCCAGUUGUCAGAGUGAGCGGGCUCCUAAACGAGAUGUGCCAGCUACGAAGCUCAAUACUAUGAGCAAACCCAGCCUGGGCCAGAGCGUGAGCAAAUAUGACCUCCUUGUAUGGUUUGAGAUCAGCGAAUUGGAGCCAACAGGGGAGUAUAUUCCUGCCAUUGUGGACCACACGGGAGGCCUGCCCUGCCAGGGGACAUUCCUGCUUCACCAGGGAAUCCAGCGUAGAAUCACAGUCACCAUUAUCCAUGAGAAGGGCAGCGAGUUGCACUGGAAAGACGUGCGAGAGCUGGUUGUUGGGCGUAUAAGAAAUAAAGCAGAGGUAGAUGAAGCUGCUGUGGAUGCCAUUCUGUCUUUGAAUAUUAUCUCUGCAAAAUACCUGAAGUCCUCUCACAGCUCCAAUAGGCUCUUUCUUGAUAAGGAUAUGCCUAGGACUUUCUAUCGGUUUGAAGCAGUUUGGGAUAGCUCCUUGCAUAACUCCCUUCUCCUCAAUCGAGUGACACCGUAUGGAGAGAAGAUCUAUAUGACCCUCUCUGCUUACCUGGAGCUUGACCACUGCAUCCAGCCUGCCGUUGUAACAAAGGACGUUUGUAUGGUCUUCUACUCACGAGAUGCCAAGAUCUCCCCACCCCGGUCACUACGCAAUCUCUUUGGCAGUGGCUACUCCAAAUCUCCAGAUUCCAAUCGAGUAACCGGGAUCUAUGAACUAAGUUUAUGCAAAAUGGCAGACACGGGAAGUCCAGGAAUGCAGAGGAGGAGAAGGAAAGUGCUGGAUACGUCUGUGGCGUAUGUGCGAGGAGAAGAGAACCUGGCAGGUUGGAGGCCCAGGGGCGACAGCCUCAUCCUAGAGCAUCAGUGGGAACUGGAGAAGCUGGAGCUGCUGCAUGAGGUGGAAAAAACCCGACAUUUCCUUCUGCUUCGUGAAAAGCUUGGUGACAGCAUCCCGAAGUCCCUGAGUGAUUCGUUGUCUCCCAGUCUGAGCAGUGGAACUCUCAGUACCUCCACCAGCAUCUCCUCACAAAUUUCAACUACGACAUUUGAGAGUGCUGUAACGCCCAGUGAGAGCAGCGGCUACGACUCGGCAGACAUCGAGAGCCUGGUGGAUCGGGAGAAAGAGCUGGCCACUAAGUGUCUGCAGCUUCUUACUCACACUUUUAAUCGGGAAUUUAACCAGGUGUACAACAGCAUCAGUGACUGUAAGUUGUCAGACAUUUCUCCAAUCGGGCGGGACCCAUCGGUAUCGAGUUUCAGCAGCGCUACCCUCACACCUUCAUCUACCUGCCCUUCUCUGGUGGAUUCAAGAUGUAGUUCAAUUGAUCAGAAGACGCCAGAAGCAAAUUCUCGUGCCUCCAGUCCCUGUCAUGAGGUGGAACAGUUCCAGCUAAUGCCUGCAGUAGAAACUUCAUAUCUUGCCAGAGCUGGAAAGAAUGAAUUCCUAAACCUCGUCCCUGAUAUUGAAGAAAUUAGACCAGGCUCUGUGGUCUCAAAGAAAGGAUACCUCCACUUCAAGGAGCCGCUCUCCAGCUCCUGGGCCAAGCACUUUGUGGUGGUUCGCCGUCCCUAUGUUUUUAUUUACAACAGUGACAAAGAUCCUGUAGAAAGAGGAAUCAUAAACUUAUCCACAGCUCAGGUGGAAUACAGUGAGGAUCAACAGGCAAUGGUGAAGACACCCAACACAUUUGGCGUGUGCACAAAGCAUCGUGGAGUCCUGCUCCAGGCCAUCAACGACAAAGACAUGAAUGACUGGUUAUAUGCCUUCAAUCCACUUCUUGCUGGCACAAUACGGUCAAAACUGGCUCGGAGACGCACGGGCCAGCUGAAGUAUUGAGUCCAUGUAACGUUCUCAUCUGUUCUCCCUAACUCACCUUCCAAUAGACAAAGUGUUACCUCUCAUUUUCUCUUUGUGAUUCUUGACGGUUUCUCUUGUAUGUAAUCCUGUGGCUAAACAACCCCUUCCCUCCCACCUCCCUCAGCACAUUUUCUAGGUAUUCUAACCCUACCUUGUUUCUUUUCACUUGUACUGAGAAUUGUACUUGUAGCAUGUGGCCAAACAAAAGGAGAAAGACAAAAAAAAAAAUUAAAAAAACGGAGUGAUUAUGCACGACUCUAAAAAAAAGAAAAAAAAAAGAAAAAAAGAAAAAAGGCAAAAAAAAAAAGAUAAAGAAGGUUAUUUAUUUUUUCUUAUAACAGUUGUUUUCCCAUUCCAACUGACCUUUUGGUGUCUGUCUCGGUCUCCAUUGUUGUCCGUCUAGACUGCUGCAGGUUUUUCAUUCAACUUGUGACUUGGCAGUGGUCAUCGGUUCCCUCAGGGCAAAGUUCUAAUGCCAGGGGAAGAGAAGUUCUUCUGUUUAGGCAUUACCCAGCCAGGAACUGCAAUAGCUCCUCAGGCUUUCUGGAUCCAUCUUCUAAUUUAAACUCUGUUGAAAACUGAUAUUGGACAAAUCUAUCUGGGCAGAUUGGAUUUUGAACUGGGUGCAGGGGUUUGAGUUUCUGGGGUCCAACAGAGCCCCCAGAACUGGGAAAGGGUAGGGAACAAACCAAGAGGGGCUGGAAUAAUCUGCCUUUAACCUCUUGCUGUGGUAUGCAGGUGAACAGUGCUUGGCUUCAGCUCUUUCCCAAAACGUUAACACUCCCUCCUCUGCCUCUGAACUGAGCGAGGAACUUGUGCUGAUGUGAGGAAAAAUGAACCACAUCGCUGAAAGAUUGGAUAUAAUCCCUCAAGUUUUAGUUGCUCAGCUUUGUAUUUGACAGAUGGAGAGUGUUAAGUGGAAACGAAGCACGGUGGUUGUUCCUUAGAGUACUUUCAGGUCACCACAGGAGAGCAGAGCCUCCUCUUUUGUGUUUAGUCCUGACUCCUGAGUUCCUGCAGCAACAGUUCUCAUCUCUCCUAGAAGAGAUUUACAGCUGUAUGUUAGGAUAGUGCUGCAGCACCUCUUCUCUGUGAUACUCAGAUGGCAUCUCAUCCCUUUGUAGGAAACCAUCCUCUGCCCACAGAAUCCUUUGCAGUAUUCUCCAGGGGACAGCAGGACACUUGUGGUUCCUGUUGGAAUAACCGUUGGGCAUCUCCUAAUUCCCAUGCUACAGUUUUCAUCAGCUAGAAGCCCCUAGUUAGUUUUCAUCUCUGAAUUAAUCCUUCCUGGAGGACGGAUCAAGUGGACUGUGGUCCUUGUCGGUGGGGUCUAAGAACUGGCUUCUUGGAGAUCAGCCUGGUGGUAUUGGUUCUUGACCUACCAUGUAAGUUCUCCUGUGGCCGAAGUUUUGAUCCUUGCCCCAAGAAAGGAAAGUGGAAUGAAUUUCCUUUUGAGAAGCGAAUUCAUCUUCUUUUUAGUUAGCUUUUUAGGGAAGGUAGGGGAAACGUUUUUUGGUUUUUACUAUGUUUCA